AUGCAGGAAAAGACCUUCAAUCGUUCGGUGUCUUCCUCGUGGGAUAUCACUGUUCUCGACCCUACGCAAGAGGGUGUUCUGAGUUCUCUAUCCACCCAGCGUACAGCUUCCUAUACCUUAGGACGACUAGAUGUGCGGGGGCUUGCGAACUCAGAACGCGCCUCGGAUAACGACGAAGUGAUUCAGGCUUUAGAGGUCGUUUCCCAGACAUUGCGAACACAUUUCAAGCAGUCACUGGAUGCGCAGUCGCCAUUCAACGGAGUUCUUCUCGCUGACUUUCUCGCGCACUUCCAACCCGUUGUACUGAACGCAUUGGUAAAGUAUAUAAAUCAGCUCGGUAUCGAUGUCUGGCUCGAGCUUUCGCCGCCUGCUUAUAUGACUGAGCAACAAUGCCGCGACAUUGAUAUGCUGCCGAUAAGGGGCUUCAUCUAUCGUAACGCCACUAUCUCGCCUGAUGGCAGCAGCCGCAAUUACUUCCAAAUGACUGAAAUGCGAACAGCUAUGCGCGCUAUCGCAUCUCAAAAGUCUAUGGGCGGUACGACUAUCGCGAUGUGGGAGACUAUCGACAAUGGAGUGGAGUUAUCGCACGAUGUUAUUCACCGGACAUUCAAAUGGUGCAAUUACAGGAGCGCAAGGUGUUGGAUUGCGCCCCGUGCCGCAUUGUGCGACGCAACUGUUGCGACUGCAAGGACUAUAACUGAGGAGCCGUUGGGAGCACUGAUGUGGAUGAAGGGCAACGAGGUUACUGAAGCGCACAAUGUGUGGAGGUCCAAUUCAAAGGUCUGCCAAACCCCCUGCGGUCAUGACUCUCUGUACGAGUCUUUGCAAUCCUUCAUACCCGAUCUGCCGGCGAAGCUAUCGUUGUCACCUCCGGCUAAGGAAGCUUCAAUCGAUAGUCAAGAGACCAUACUCGACGAGCUCUCUUGGCCAUCGCGGCCGGAACUGACUCAAGAGAACCCUUUCUCCGUUUCUCCUGCUGGUGCUGACUAUACGGGACUGGGAUGCUUCCAACUCGGACUCGACUGCACAUCCCGAGAAAUUAACGAUUUAGUUGAUGCGCAGCGACAUGUCAAAGAUCUUAAUCUCCUUGAACGUAUCAAACUAGAAGAACUUCACGGUAUCGCUGGACAAUUGCGUGCUCUCCAAAAAGUCACGAACACCACAGCCUCCGCGGCGUUCAACGCUGCGAGAGAAUUGCUUGGUAUCCUCAGCUCUUGCAAUGGUAGUGAAACCGAUGCCGUCAAGGUCUAUGUGGGAUUGCAUUCGGGAUUUCGCACACGCUUGGAAACCCAGGUCUGGGGUAUGUAUGAUACCGAUACCACUUCGGGUACUCUCAACCUCAACAUCUAUCUCUCGGCGAAGACCGAGGACCGUACUAGCACCCUCCUCCACACUUUCAUGUCCAGUAGGGGAUAUUCUAGGGUUGAAUGUCUUAUGGCUGAGGUCGCCCUAGCGACUCAGACAGGGAGUCUGUCAAAGACCUGGGGAUUGCCCCCGCGCAUCAUGCACGACAUCGAACAACUUACUCCCACCGAGGCAAUCUUGUUUUUGCGCCGCCUCACAGCCUCCGAAAGUUUGGAGCCUUCGGCCUUGUCUCAGAAAGUCCGCGCAUUCUGCGAAUAUCAGCUCAUUGAGGCUCCGUCUUUUGCUCAGCUCAGAGCUUUGAGCUCUACUGCGUACCUGGGCGGCGAGAUCUCCGCCGAGGACCUUGUUAGUUCACGGCUUGCAUGGUAUCGGGAACAAGGAUGCUGGUGCCCUGAACCUACCGUUGCUGUAGCUCUUUUCAAGGAGGUCGAUGCCCGGCUACCGGCCAUCCUUAUUAAUGGGGAACUUCAGCUUCUGACCCAGCUCGCUACCGUCGCUCAUACUGUCUUGCAAACGGAUCAAAUCGAUGCUGCUGCCGAUUUGUUUGCUCUGUCUGUCUUCUGUGCAUUCCGCAAGCUCGCCCUCAAUGAAGUUUAUCUGGAAGUCCUCGACCGGAAUCCCUUGCCCAACAAUGAUAUGCUUCAGGCCUCUUGUUUCGCAGAGAUGUACGCCGUGGGUGCGCGCUGUGACAUGUACUUCGACAUGGCCCCAAUACUUCUCGGGAAGAUCAUCGCCUCCCGGUACCGCGAGUACUACGACGUCCACCAACCACCUCGCCGAGACGACAUGUUCACAGAGCUCCCCACCGCGUAUGCAUCCAUGGACAUCGACUUGGAUCCAAAGGGCGAGCAAGAAAGACCAUCAGUAUUCUAUCAAUUCACAUUCCUGGGCAUCUUCGCCGUUCCAGCCCUUAUCGAUAUCAUCAUGCUAACGACUGUUGGCCGAGGUCUUUACCUUACCACGUUCAUGAGUAACAUCGACAAGUCGUUGGCGACACUCGCAUUGAUGAUAGCUCUUAUUCUCUGUGGUGGAUUCGGUGGUUGGAUCAGUUCUGGAGGAAACUACUACCUCAACGCCAUGGCUUUUCCCGCCAUGAGUAUGUUCGUGCUUACCCGAUUCGUCGCCGGACUCGCGGUUGCCUUCGUUGGUGGCAUCUUUGCAAUGAUCGGUAUCGGUGUCAUCAGUGGAUUUGAACACGGGGUUGUCUUCUUUCUCUACUUCCUCAUGCUGUCGACCUUCCUCAUGACGCUCUCUGCACUCUCAGUAUACCAGAUCCCGGGGUUCCAGUUCCAGGAAUUCGACAUUCAGGGAAGAACUGUUAUCAUGAUGUGUAUUCCAAUCCUGUUCAUCUCGCCGAUUAUCACGAUCUGGGUCCACCACGACACAUGGGUUUACAUUCCUUUCCUAUGGCUAUUCUUGAUAUGUCUCUUGAUCGGGGCUCGUAUGGUUAUCUCGCAGUGGAAUACAUGGUAUCUGAACAUACCUCGCAUCACGGACAGUGAUGUCGUCAAUUGGUAUCUCAAGACAAGCCCACGCGACAGUCUACCAGCGGAUGUGGAAGAUAUCGGUACUACCCCAAUCCCACGACAAGCACUCCAGGCAAGUGUCGAGAAGGAACGGAACCGGCACUUCUGGACCAGAUCCACGGCAGACCCAUUAGUCCGGAAGUUGGCCGAUGGAUAUUCCGCGACGAUGUUUCUUCUUGUAUGGUACUGCAGGUAUUCGAGAACCAAGCUGCCACGGCCUUACAGCCCGACUUGGAACCUUCAAUUGAAAGCGUCUGUCGACACCAUGAGCGAUAUGCAGAGAGGUGUUAAGCUUCACAACGCCUUUCUCCACUGGCGUCACACCGGCGGUGACGUGUGGUGCGGCAUCCUGUACUUCAUCCUCGCUCUAGUCGACAAGUGGACCGCACUGUUGACAGGGCAGUCGGUUGUGGGUCUGUCCAACGUGUCUAGCAUGAAAUAUCGGCUUGCGACUGGGUUUGGAUUGGCUUACUAUCUUAUGGGUGCAGUCAUUCUUGAUGCUGUAUCGCAGCCACUAUGGACAUUGGCCAAUAAAACCACCUCUCGUGCCAUUGCCUCUCUGGACUCCCUCCAAGAGGCCAAGCUAGACAAUAUCCGGUCACGACGAGCGCUUUACUGGAAGUCGCUUGCAAAGUUCUUCUUCCUCCAUAUCUGGGGUGCUGCUGUCUCGUUGGCCCUCAUGUGGGCUUUCGAAGCUACUAGCGACGCUACUAUCAUGUACUUGGCUUAUGUUGGAUCAUAUUCCGGUCUGCUCUGGUAUCAGUACAACAAGGUAUUCACAGGGCUUCUUGCCGUAAUACCCCUUGCCUUGGGCACAGUGAUUGGCUUCAUUUUGGGUAUUCUCCUUCAUAUCUAUGUGCCAGCUUUCGCAUACAGCAGUGUCGUCAGUUUGGCUUCGGGAACCUGGACCGCUGCUUUGGUCUCGUUAUACAUGACCGACAUCUGGAUGCCGUUAUGGAAGAAGGAAACGAACGCGGAGCCUACUUCCAAAAACGAACCGCCGUUCUAUACCUGCAGCGCCCUCGAUCCUUCUCCCGAUCUUUCUCAGACGAGGCUAAGCCAAAUGUUUGAAAGUAUCUCCGCCUUGCCAGCCGAUGUGCGAUACAAACUUCAGCCAUCGCAACAUCCAGGUGUCGAAGUGAUGCAAAUCCUACAAUCCCAGUGCAGCUCUAAGAAAUCGGGACGGGUAGAGGCAGCGUUUCGGCUAGCAGGAGGGCUUGUAAGUCUAGCAGCAGAUCUCUGGCAACAGGGCGAAACGACUAUCGAAUUAGUUUCCGCUGGCCACCUACUUCAAGAUGAACAGAAGAUCAGGACGAUCAGCCGCAGCACCGCCAGCGGGUUACACAUCUUUGUUGUCAUCGGCCCUGACCUCGUUGGGAAUGAAUGGGUGUCAGAUAUUCGCCGAAACUGCAGAAUGAUCGCCGAGGCUGUGGUCCAGGCUACUGCUGAAUGCAAAUCGGGUAUAUCGCAUAACCAGUCGCUGCUAACAGAGCUACUAGUUGCCGACGACAGAGAUGAUGAACAAGCUCCCGUACCAGAAGGUGUCAAACGCCAGCUUGAAACUUGCACCGGGGAGCGUAGGCGAGCCAUCUGCUAUUGGCAAAAGACUUUACUCCGCCACCUUCUGCUCGGUUUGGAGUGCGACCUUGAUUGGGAUAAACUACCAAAGGAGGUCCGGUCCUUCCUCCUGAAAAGAUGCUGUGGGCAGUCCUGUCGCCUUUCUUCCACGCAAAUGGACUGGAUCCGGUCAAGAUUCUCCACAGACGAGUCUCUGGGUAUCGAAGAAUUCAUUUCGCGAUGCAACCUUGGAGCAGAAUUGGCAAUUUCCGUGACUUCUUUUGCAGAAACACUGCCACCCAACCAAGAUCUCCAACAUGCUUUCCCAGACUCGUGGUCCAUGGGUGCUCAGCUACCAGCAAGCCCGAACUUGUCAGACCUAGGAUUUCGUGAAACAGUCCAGCUUGCACUGUCUCGGCUCCAUGAGAAACUAAAAACAUGCAUCAAGUUCACCGUGAUCUCUCUCGUUGCGGAUCCGGAAUAUCAGAGGGAGCUGAACUACAUCAUCCGUGGACAACCUUUGAUUUUUGCCUGGCCGGCGACCCUGAUUCUCAAUACAGUCUGGACAAUCUGUAAAACUCUUCAGCGGUUUAUUCUUCCCUUGGUUUUGCUACAUGGCCGCGAGAAGGUCUCCACACUUUAUAAGAAUAUGAAGGGCAGAAAGACUGUUAUUGAGAACAACCGCGUCAUGACUGAAAGCCUGAAGGGUCCUUCGACAGGUUUCUUCGAGACUAUGCCGGACGGCACCUUGCGACUCUACCAAUACUCCGGGCGACACGAGGAGAGACCAAAAGACAAUAAGCAUUUGACGGCCAUUAACACUUACAAGGACACCCUCAAUCUCCAGAAGAGGGAGGAAUAUAGUAAUGGGUCACUUACCAAUGAGUUUAUCUACGAUUAUACGUCGGUCAAUGAUGGUCGAAACGCAAAACUUCCAUCGAGACGUCAAUGUAUCAGCGGCGCACUCAGCGGGCAAGUCGUUCAGUACGAUAAAAGAGGCCACAUUAUGUCCGGGUCGACCAUGCGAAACGGUGAUCCAGUGUCAUUUCAAUUUUCGUACCGGAAGCAUGCCAAGUUUGAUGAUGAACUACUACGAGCCGAGUUCGUUUCCGGGCAUAACAAGAUCCAAGUUGCCUGGUGCAUGCCGCCUCGUGCUCGUCCGGAUAAGUUGAACAAAUGGAUCCCUUAUCCUCGUGUCACGGAGGCCACGUUCACGAAAGAAUCAGACGUUUACAAUGCGAAAUGGACAUACGAUCACAAGUUUCAUCCCAUAAUUUCCACCACUCUCAACGGCGAGCCCUCGCCAACACCGCCCAUGAUACAAGAUGACUGGUACAAUGUUUUGCAGAAGCCGAAGAACUGUAGCUUCCUGGAUGAUAACCCGCUCUUCUCUUUCUCUUCCGUAAAGGCCGGGUUCGUAUCGCGCAUGUUUGGGUUUAAUGUCAAGCGGUAUCCCAUUCCCACAUCGCUCGCCAGAGAGCAUCUGUGGAAAUCUUGGAAAAGCGGAAAGGAAUUCGACGCAGCUACCACGAGAUGGAUGGACGAACUUCUCUUGAGGUCGGAUCGAGUGCUUAACCCGUACUGGAGAAACAGAGAUUUCGGCAGACUCGAUGCUGCUGGAAAAUACCUCGAUGCCUUAGGAGACACAGUGCUUGCGAGGGUUGACAUGGACCCAGAAGUCAGCUCCUGGACAUGGCUCGCGUUUAAGAUGAGCGAUUUGUAUAGUUUCGGACAGGGUGGUGAUGCGCGUAUCAACACGAGAACACUCUCGACGCAACUACAGGAUAGCGACAGCCAACUCCAUAUUCUCGCGCUGGAUACAGCGACUUGGCCUAACGAACCUGGCGGUGUCUCAGCAUGCCGACGGGAUUUGGUCAACAACCUCAAAAGUACUAGAUGGCAUAUCCUUGCUGAAGCCGCUAACGAUUUCGGUGUCCCCCGGUUUCAGAUAGAGAGAAAUGUGCAAUCACUUGCAGUCGUGCCUCAGUGGGGUCUGGACUUCCUCAACCCUACACACGGGGUUUUCCAGAGCUCGCUCGAUUCAGAGGUUGCGGAACGGUCAUUCGACACGCGGAAAAGUGACAUUGAACAGAAUUUCAUACCCAUUCUCACCAGUCUAGUCCGCUGCGCUCGCACCACUCAUCACACCCGCCAGCAUAUUGAAGAAGCUACGAAGGCGUUGAUUGAUCUGAACACCUACUUCGAGUCUUCCCGGAACUGGAACGAUGUCUGGAUGAGUGAUGUGGUGAAGGAUGCCUGGAGAAACCUAUGGUUAGCCGACGAUAUUGAUGGCAUCAUGCCCAUAUCACAAUGGAGAACUGCGGAACAUCCGACGUUGGUCCAACUCGACACCGCGUUGGAUAUGUGGCAUCGCUGUAAGUUCCUUUCCUCAACGUCUUUGCCUGGGUAUAAGCUCGUAGAUCUGUUUGUCUUCUCUGUUCCCGUCCCCGAAAAGAUUCCCGAUAUAUUCCAGGCAUCACAUCAUUUCACAGGCGCCACGUAUGGUGUCGUCUGUAAAAUCAAGCGGAAGUGCGCACUGCAUGUAUGGGAUCAUUCCAUCAGCUUGAGAGAAAUGGUCACGUUCUUGUCUGGCGCUAUCUCUUUCGACUCCUCCUUCGUCAACACCACUCUCAUCCACCUGGGUCGUCUGUCCUGCAUCCUGGCUGAACAUCACGCGGACGUGGUCUUGCCGUGCGCCGCGUUCUUCAAUCCCGGCUGGGAGGCGGAGUUGGGAACUUGUGAAGGUGCCCUGCAGCAUCGUCGGGCAUUCAUGCGAAAGAUCGAUCCGGUGGUCAACGGAAUCACUGAUAUGGAGAAGUACAAACCCAUCGAGACUAUCAAGACCGAAACCCCUACUGUGGUUAUGCUGUCCCAUAUCCGAUAUGUGAAGGAUAUCAAAACAGCCGUCAUGGCCACCGAUGUGAUAGUCAACCGAUGGGGCUUCAAGGACUAUCGCCUCCACAUUUACGGAGACAUGGAAAAGACCCCUGGAUACUCAUCCGAAUGUCAAGAAAUUAUCGCGUCCAAGGGGCUUCGUGAUCACGUUGUGCUUAAGGGUCUGGGUAACCCAUCUGUGGUGCUCCAGGAUGCUUGGCUUUUCAUGAAUUCUUCCAUUUCCGAAGGUCUGCCAUUGGCUAUGGGAGAGGCUGCAUUGACAGGAGUUCCCGUUGUCUGUACCGACGUUGGCGCGUCGUUCUGCGUGGUCACAGACAGCAAAACUGGAAAACGGUUCAGCGAGGUCGUCGCGCCCAAUGACGCCCUGUCUCUUGCUCAAGCGCAAAUCCGAAUUCUUGCCUUGGUCGAUGAGUGGGCCCCGUUCGCCGAGGACGAGGAGGGCUAUCAGCCGCCGAAGUUGUCACUGCGCCCCAGUCCCGAAGAGGUGGAGCAGAUCACGAAGCGGAUGUACGCUAAAACUGAACAACGACGUCGACUCGGUAUGCGCGGGCGUGAUAACGUGCUCAACAAUUUCUCAGAGCACCGGUAUCUCCGGGAACACGAACAGAUGCUCUGGAUUGGCAAGUACCAAAGCCGCAGCUUCAUUGCUCGGGAGCGGAUGGCCUCUUCGAACAGCUCCUUGGGCUUCACCAAGGAGAGGGGCCCACUCAGCUCUGCUGGGUCGAGCUCGGAGUCCGUUUGA